AUGGGCAUGUCUCAAGGUGGCGGGCAGUCCAUGCUGCGGUUCCUUCGCUCACGCAUUCGCCUGGGCGGGUGGGUCGGCUCUGUGUGCCACGUGCCCACAGCGCCCCACACACCCCGGGACCGUGAUCCGUUGCUGGCCAUCGCUCGACCUACGGUGAACAGAUCGAGACCGGUGCGGCUGCUCGCCGGAGAGGCAGAUUGUGUUUUUGCGCCUGCCUUGGUUCUUGCGGAUGCAGCACGGCUUCGUGAUGUUGGAGGCUUUACCGACGUCGAGGUGGAGGUUCGAAGAGAUCUCGCACACGAGGGCCCUUUGAAGGAGGUCAAGCCCAGUGCCCCAAAGAAGGGCAUCCAGAGGAGUCUAUCUGCAAAGGAUCUUGAAAUCGCCAUGCGACGUGCUCGAAGCGUGGCCAAAGCCGAGAAUAGCUGCCCAGACUUGCUCUUCGUGCAAAGGCACCUACCAGACAUGGCCCUUGGGUCGAUUUUGGAAGCUCUUUUGCUCCAGAGAGCUGCUGAGCUCCGGGAGCCGCGUGUGCAGUUGGCCCUCAAGCUUGCCAUGCGAGAGGACUUGGUAAUGUGUUUGCACAGCAUGCCUGACACUAGUCCAUGUGCAAGCCUCCAGCGCGACAUGGUGAAAGAGACAGCGUAUGUAAUGACAGAGGAGCCUUGCCCAACCUACGAGCCUCCACGUUUGGCAUGGAAGAAGAAUCGAAACAGUCGGCAGCUGCCGAUCAGCAGCGAGGGUGCCGCCUGUGGGCAGAACGAGUGCAGUAAAACACCAUUUGCUCCCGCGACGCUGAUCGGUGUGGACGUCAUGGUCCUAAGCGACUAUUUCUCCACCUUCGGAACGCUGACGGAUGUCGUGGUCAUGACAGAUCGCGGAACUGGGCGUUCGCGCGGUUUUGGCUUCGUCUCUUACGAGACCCCUGAGCCAGUAGAUGCCAUCAUGUCCAUGCACAAGGAGCAUAACAUCAUGGGCAAGUGGAUCGACUGCAAACCUGCCACAGCAGAGGGGACCAAGGGAGCUCCCAGCAAAGGAGGCGGCAAAGAUUUCGGCAAAGGUAUGCCCAAAGGCAUGGGGAAGGACCGAGCUGGAGAUUGGAAAGGUGGUAAGCCAGAUGGAAGCUACGGAGCCAAGAGCUAUGGAGGCUAUGCCGCAUUUCCACCGCCAGCCGGCUGCGGAGGAAGCGGCUGUGGUGCUUACGGAGGUGCUGCAGCAGCUGGGGCCUACGGCGGUGGUUGUGGCGGCUAUGCAGGUGGCUGCGCCGGCUACGGGGCUUUCGGUGGCUACGGAGGCGCCGGCUGCGGAGGCUAUGAUGCCUGUGGUGGUCAAGGUGGGUACGGCUGCUACGGGGCUGCUCCUCACGACGCAUCUGGGGGCAAGGGCUACAGCCCAUACUGA